AUGUUUUGGUUAAGACCUAUUUUGCGUUCACAACCAAGAUCUUCUUACGGAUACUGCACUUCCUCCGCCGCUGCAAUUCAAGCUGAAAAAACCAUUCAACAUGGACCCAGAAACGAUUGGACCAAAGAUGAAGUCAAAUCCAUCUACGACUCUCCCAUUCUCGAUCUUCUCUUCCACGGGGCUCAGGUUCAUAGACAUGCUCAUAACUUUAGGGAAGUGCAACAGUGUACUCUUCUAUCUGUGAAAACAGGUGGGUGUAGUGAGGAUUGUUCUUAUUGUCCUCAAUCCUCUAGAUAUGAUACAGGUCUCAAAGGUCAAAGACUUAUGAACAAGGAGGCUGUUCUUCAAGCUGCACUCAAGGCAAAAGAGGCUGGGAGUACUCGCUUUUGUAUGGGUGCUGCAUGGAGGGAUACAAUAGGAAGAAAGACUAACUUCAAUCAGAUACUUGAAUAUGUUAAAGAAAUAAAGGGAAUGGGAAUGGAGGUGUGUUGUACCCUUGGCAUGCUGGAUAAAGAUCAAGCUGGUGAACUCAAGAAGGCGGGUCUUACUGCUUACAAUCACAAUCUCGACACUUCCCGGGAAUAUUAUCCAAACAUCAUCACAACUAGGAGUUAUGACGAGCGCCUUCAAACUCUUGAAUAUGUUCGUGAUGCAGGGAUUAAUGUUUGCUCUGGAGGAAUUAUCGGGCUUGGAGAAGCUGAGGAAGACCGUGUAGGUUUGUUACAUACAUUAUCAACACUUCCUACACAUCCAGAGAGCGUUCCUAUUAAUGCACUUGUUGCUGUCAAGGGAACCCCUCUUCAGGAUCAGAAGCCUGUUGAAAUAUGGGAGAUGAUUCGCAUGAUUGCGACAGCGCGUAUAACAAUGCCAAAAGCAAUGGUGAGGUUAUCAGCCGGCAGAGUUCGGUUCUCCGUGCCUGAGCAAGCAUUGUGUUUUCUUGCUGGUGCCAAUUCUAUCUUUGCUGGUGAAAAGCUUCUCACAACUGCUAACAAUGAUUUUGAUACUGAUCAACUCAUGUUUAAAGUUCUCGGUCUCCUUCCAAAAGCUCCAACCUUAGACGAAGAUGAAACUAGCGAGACAGAGAACUAUAAAGAAGCUGCUUCUUCUAGUUGA